GUUAACAUUUCAUUCUGGGAAUGUCUCGUCUUGUGCUCCGCGCACAUCAAACUUUUAAAAUUAUAAACAGUCAUCACAUUCCCUUGGCUUCUCAUCUCUGAUCUGUAAACAAGCAUAUUUUAUAAGUGUGGCCUUUCUCUCAGAAUCUUGAGCUUACCGGUGCGGGUGGGUCUGCAGGAUGAAGUCCAAAGGGAAGGGGGUCAAGCGCAGCAGCCAGCAGGCCUGGAGUGAGUCUGACCCGGACCUCCACCCGGAGACAGAACCCGGGUCCAGUGAGCAGGAGGGCUCCGAAGCGUCUGUUCAGCUGAGGGGCUCCUGGCGGGCCCGCCGGGUGCAACAGCGCAGGGCCGACGACAGCGAGGGCCUGGGCGGUGGCCGAGGGGUCAGCAGGCGCCGGCGGCCACACGGCGGCGCCAGGGAGCGCAACGUGCGGCGCCUGGAGAGCAACGAGCGGGAGCGCCAGCGCAUGCACAAGCUCAACAACGCCUUCCAGGCGCUGCGCGAGGCCAUCCCCCACGUGCGCACUGACAAGAAGCUCUCCAAGAUCGAGACGCUCACGCUGGCCAAGAACUACAUCAAGGCCCUGACCACCAUCAUCCUGGGCAUGUCGGGCGGCUGCCGCUCCGGCACUGAGGGCCCGGACAAGGCCAGCAUGAGCGAGGCCUCGCGUCUCCUGGAGUGCUGUCAGAGGCAUCUGGAGGAGGACGACGAGGAGAGCCUUUCUAAGUACCUGACUCAGAUCCACAGCUUCACCCAGGGCAGCUAGCAGCAGCCCUGAGGGGGGAGGGGGAGGAGGAGGUGGGGGUGCCGUGGGCAGAGAAGACUGGGAUGCUUCAGAAAUGGACUGGACAAAUGAAAAGGACAGUGUCUGGUCACUAGUUGAACUGCGGUGGCCAAGAAGUGCACCCCUCCAUCCCCAACCCUCUCAAGCUAAAGUCUCGUUAGACUUUUUUGAUCAAGAACUUUUUAAGUCUUGACAAGAGGCAAAACAAAUCUUUAAAAAAAAACCCCAGCCAGCUCCCUGGUGAACUGACCUGAGUCAAGCGAUGCUGGAGGACAGACCCAAAGAUCCAAACAGGUCCUAAGUAACCACUAAGAUUGGUCCAUGAUGUGCUGUAUUGUUAAAACUUCACUCUCACACCCUAAAAUAUAUUAUACUUUAGCAAACACAUGCACUGUAGAAACCGGAUA